CCACGAACGAACCCAUCGGUGGUUGCUUUUUUCUGCGUUUUCCACCAUCAUAACCCAUUCUAUCGCUCCUCACGCUCCUUCAUUACUUUGCACCCACUGCCUUUGCUUAGUUGGAAGUAUUUUUUGCUACAAAACUCCGCGAUUCGAGCCACCGACACGUUAGCGAGCCUCAAAGCACGACACUUCCACUUCCCCGCCACAACAACAGCCGACCCCGUCUCAAGAAGCAGACCGCAACUCGCAAGCCGUCAACGGGCCGCCUAGACAUGGCGCCGUAGUUUCACAGCUACUAGAAUGCCGAGAAAUGAAACGCAAUCGCGCCUCAGCACAAUAACAAGCUCAAGCAGUAACUCUGAAAGCAACAGAUCGUCUGUCACAUACAGGCCGUCCGCUCUAUCAGCACCCCGGCAGAGCAGCGGCUCUCGGCUUAGCAUUGAUAGCAAACUGAGCCAGGCAUCUAGUAAUGACGCUCAGAUUUCGCCCACCUCGACGCCAUCCUUGAAUCCAGGUCCAUUUCCGUCCUCAUCCUCAGCUAACAGCAUGUCUGGAUAUACGGCUAAAGACCGCCGCGUAGGCGAAUUCGGUAAUUACCGACGAGAGUUAUCGUCCAUUGACAGCGGAUCAUCAGCACCCCGCGGCCACCCCAUCAUACAUCACAGCCAACCGUCGCUGCAGGUCGCGCCAUGGAUGACGCCUCCAAACCCCAGCAACAAUGGUUUCUUCGAGGAUAUUGCCGAUAGCAUGUCCCUCAACUCACAGAGCUCACCAGCUCUGGGCCCAGCUACAUUCCGUGGAUCGAGAGGCCAUGGCCCGUCUGCCAGCUUUGAUGCCAAUAUGCCAGACGCCAUGUAUCUUGAUAAUGACCGACGCCCGUCUGCGGCCAGUAUAAACACUACGGGUAGCAGCCAAGGAUCACGAACGAGUGGCACAAGAGGAGGCUUACGGAAACUCCAGGGUUUCUUUGGCGAAGAAUUCCCUGGGCGUGAAAGCCCAGACGCUAAUAGCUUGUCAAACUCAUUCUCGGGAGCUGUGCCAUCAACAAACCAUUUUGGCAGCCACAGUCACAGCUUCAGCAUUGGAACGAGCAAAGAUCAAAGAUCGCGCUCAUAUAGUCAUACACGUUUACCUCAGCGAGAUCGAAACUACUCCAAUGCGACGGACAGGGAAGCAUCGCCAGCUUCAUCACGGCCUCGAACGCCGCUGCCUGCCCCUGAAGUCGUCCCGUUUUUGUAUCAAGACAACUCGGACAUUGCGCGAUAUGGGGAAGCUCCAGUGCGAGAUACCAUGACUGGCCCUGAUCGUGAUCGAUACAUGAGCGACACGCCAUCCAACAGCCAUCCCCCAAAGACUUCCGCUUCGGCGCGAUCGAGCCACUCCAUCUCCGCAGGCUCCAGCCAUCGACACAACAAGAGCAACGAUGACCAACGCGCCCUAAGACCAAGCGUCAGCAGAGAAGAUUCCACAACCUCGACCCAACAUCCGCGCGAGUGGUCAGUGGCGGCCGCCAUGUACAGAACGGUGUCGAGGUCGGAUAGUCCGACGCCAAGCACAGCAAGCGUUCCAAUUCCUGCGUCGUCCCGCCCUGUUCAGACCGAUGGACACUCAUCGCCUGGCCAUAACAAACGCGGCCUCUUCAACAGGUUCCUGCGCCACAACAAGGACAAGGAUGAACACGGCACCACUCCUUCCAAGUUGCGUGAUCUCCCACCAUCAUCGAGGUCGCUCCAACCGAAGCCAUCCAAGGCAGAGUUCAACCAGGUCACGGAAGAUGCCACACCACCUCCUGCGAUUCCCGAUAACUGGGAAGGUCCUCCAGGUCCUCCUGAACCCAUCGACACCGUUGAUUUGCGAGCCCCUCCGAGCAAACCCGCCCCUGCGACUUUCAAUAACAGAUUUCCUUUCGCAAAGGGCCGCAGUAAAGGCCAGCGCCACCAUGAUUAUCAGGAUGAAUUUAUCGGGCCUACAGAUCACAACACCAGCGGGCAGCUGUACCACCUCGACACAAACCUAAACGAUAUGGAAGGUAUCCUCACCAAGGCGCCGUCUCUGACACCUGUAGAUGCUUCCUAUGUAAACAGUCUCGAGGAGGACCUGUCGGAUACUGGAGCCAAUGGGCAAAAGGGCCAGUGGGAUGCGCCCGACAGCUGGGCUGUCCGUCGUACCACUGAAGACCGCACACAGCAAGCGGUAGAGCCUGAAGAUGCCUCUGUGGCACCACGACCGGAGGAAAAGCUAUCAGCGUACUGUAUCCGAAUUUUCCGAUCCGACGGUACAUUUUUGACGCAUUCCAUGUCGCUCGAUGCGACAGUCUCCGACGUCAUUUCACAGGUCAUUAAGAAGACUUAUGUCGUUGACGGAUUAGAAAACUAUAACAUCAUAAUGAAGAAGCACGACCUGAUCAGAGUCUUGGGAGCGCAGGAGCGUCCACUACUCAUACAGAAGAGGCUAUUGCAACAAGUUGGAUACGAAGACAAAGAUAGAAUCGAAGAUCUGGGCCGCGAAGACAACGGCUACCUCUGCCGAUUCCUUUUCCUUUCAGCAAGGGAAAGCGACUUCCACGCCAAGACGACCGAUCUCGGCAUCCAGCGAGCUCAGAAGCUUAACUACGUCGACCUCUCCGCCCGCAAUCUCAUUACCAUCCCCAUAUCUCUCUACCUCAAGGCUGCUGAUAUCAUCUCGUUGAAUCUGUCGCGAAAUCUUUCUCUGGACGUCCCACGAGACUUUAUUCAGUCAUGCAAGCAACUGCGAGAUAUUAAAUUCAAUAACAAUGAAGCGAAGCGACUGCCUCCAAGCUUGAGUAGAGCUGCCAAGCUUACAUAUCUCGAUGUAUCGAAUAACAGAAUCGAGCAACUCGAACAUGCGGAACUCCAUAGCUUAACUGGCCUGCUGAAGAUGAACCUCGCCAACAAUCGAAUUUCACACAUCCCAGAGUAUUUUGGAGCGUACCAGGCUCUUCGGAGUUUGAAUGUAUCGUCAAACUUUUUGGAGUCCUUUCCUGCGUUCCUCUGUGACCUGGCAAGCUUAGUUCAGCUUGAUCUGAGCUUCAAUAAUAUUGCAACGCUACCAAAGGAAAUUGGAAAUUUGAAAAACCUUGAGAAGCUGCUAAUCACCAACAACUCUCUUGGCUCUGAUCUGCCGGCAACCUUUUGCGAAAUGAGCAGCCUUAGAGAGUUGGAUGUCAAAUACAACAACAUUACCAGUAUCGAUACGAUUGCUGAGCUACCAAAGCUUGAAAUGCUUUACGCGGCACACAAUCAAAUUUCGGCAUUUCGAGGAAAGUUUGAGCGUAUCCGCUUGCUCAAGUUGAACGAGAAUCCGCUUAACAAAUUCGAGCUGACAGAGCCUAUUCCAACGCUUAAGACGCUUAGUCUUUGCCAUGCACAGCUCGCGAGCAUUGACUCCGCGUUUCCCAACAUGAUGAACUUGGAGCGGUUAAUUCUUGAUAAGAAUUAUUUCGUAUCACUGCCUCAACAAAUUGGUCUACUUACGAAACUCGAACAUUUUAGCAUUGCGAACAAUGCUGUCGGUGAACUGCCUCCCCAAAUCGGCUGCAUGACUGAAUUGCGUGUUCUUGAUAUCCGCGGCAACAACAUCUCCCGCCUGCCCAUGGAGCUAUGGUGGGCAAGCAAGUUGGAAACACUGAACGCCUCCUCAAACGUUCUGGACCAGUUCCCUAACCCGAGCUCCCGACCUCCUCGUCUUCCAGGUGACGAGUCAUCUGGCCCCCCUCCCUCACACAAUGGCAAAAUGGGACCGCUGAAUUCCCUAACAACAACGCCCAGCCUUGAAGAAUUAGCCGAGGACAGGCGGCCAAGCCAAGGGUCCGGAAGUACGCUCUUGAGCGUUGGCCCAUCCACGCCUACGCAGACUGCGGAUCGUAAGACAUCCGUGGCCUCAUUGUAUGCCAAGGCUGGCCGCAAAACAUCCGUUGUAUCACGUACCACCUCGCAAACAGCAAUGUCAACGGUGACGCCUCAAGCCAUUAGAAAGGACUCCAGUCACUCGUCACGAUUAACAAACACAUUUGCUGGCUCGCUGAAGAAUCUGUAUUUGGCCGACAACCGACUUGAUGACGAAGUCUUUGACCAAAUCACGUCUUUGGCAGAGCUCCGGGUACUGAACCUGUCAUACAAUGAAGAAAUUGGCGAUAUGCCACAGCGAUCGAUAAAGAGCUGGCCGCAGCUUGUGGAGUUGUAUCUGUCUGGUAACGGACUAACAACAUUGCCAGCUGAUGAUCUUGAAGAGCAUAGUCUUUUACAAGCUCUCUAUAUAAACGGAAACAAGUUUACGAACUUGCCUGCUGAUAUUUCCAGGGCGAAGAAGUUGGCGGUAUUGGAUUGCGGUAACAACAAUCUCAAGUACAAUAUCGCUAACGUCCCGUACGACUGGAACUGGAAUCUCAACCCUAAUCUACGCUAUCUCAACUUGUCGGGCAACAAGCGUCUAGAAAUCAAGCAAGCUGCCUGGGGACCUGGAGGCCCUGGUUCUGGAAAUCGCGAGGAAUACACCGACUUCAACCGCCUCCAGAAUCUGCGUGUCCUGGGCUUGAUGGAUGUCACACUGACGCAACCAAGCAUUCCAGACCAAAAUGAAGACAAGAGAGUCCGUACAUCUGGCUCACUAGCAGGCCAUUUCCCGUACGGUAUGGCUGACACGCUUGGUAAAAACGAGCAUCUUUCUACCGUUGACCUGGUUGUGCCUAGAUUCAAUUCAUCAGAAACAGAGAUGCUUCUCGGUCUUUUUGAUGGCCAAGCACUCUCUAGUGGCGGCUCGAAGAUUGCCAAGUACCUCCACGAGAACUUUGGCCACAUCUUUGCGCUUGAGCUGAAGGCUUUGAAGACUCACUCAAGUGAAACACCUAUCGACGCGCUACGAAGGGCCUUUUUGUCUCUAAACAAGGAUCUCGUCAGUAUCGCCGUUCAGCACACUGAAGAACGACCUAGACGAGCACAUAGAGGCUCUGCACAGCCCGUCGUUCUCAGCCGAGAGGAUCUCAACUCUGGUGGCGUGGCCACGGUUGCGUACCUACAAGGUACCGAGCUCUAUGUCGCCAACGUUGGCAAUGUUCAGGGAAUAAUGAUUCAGACUGAUGGCAAGCACCAAAUUUUAACCCAUAAACACGAUCCCGCGGCCCCGAGCGAGCGAGCACGCAUCCGUGAAGCAGGAGGUUGGGUAUCACGAAAUGGACGACUCAACGAUUUACUGGAAGUCUCGCGCGCUUUCGGCUACGUCGACCUUAUGCCGGCUGUGCAGGCAGCACCCCAUAUCAGCCAUAUGACCAUCAAAGAGCAAGACGAAAUUUUGCUGCUUGCGACCAGUGAAUUAUGGGAGUACUUGUCCCCUGGCCUGAUUACUGAUAUCGCCCGAUCGGAGCGACAAGAUCCGAUGCGAGCUGCGCAAAAGCUGCGUGACCUGGCAAUCGCAUAUGGCGCCACUGGAAAGAUUAUGGUUAUGAUGAUUAGUGUUUCGGAUCUGAAGCGCCGCGUUGAACGUUCCAAGCUUAAUCGUGGCACAAGCAUGUCCCUCUACCCAUCUAGUAUAUCGGAAGACGGCCAAGUCGCCACCAGACGUCCUCGCAAAGCGAACCGUGAUGUGCUUGAUUCAUCCCUCAACCGCCUUGAAGCCGAAAUUCCAGCUCCGACAGGCAACGUCGCCAUUGUUUUUACGGAUAUCAAGUCCUCCACAACGCUGUGGGAGAUGUUCCCCAGUGCAAUGCGAUCUGCUAUUAAGCUUCAUAACGAAGUCAUGCGAAGACAACUUCGCCGUAUCGGUGGAUAUGAAGUCAAGACUGAAGGAGAUGCCUUUAUUGUAUCGUUCCCUAACGCGACAUCGGCUAUUCUUUGGUGUUUCGCCGUUCAAGCAGAGCUCCUCGAAGUGACAUGGCCAUCUGAAAUCCUCAGCGCCAUGCCCGGACAGGCCAUAUACGACAAGGACAACACGCUGAUCUUCAAGGGCUUGUCUGUCAGAAUGGGCAUUCAUUUCGGCAACUGUGUGUGCGAACUUGACCCUGUCACUCGCCGUAUGGACUACUUCGGUCCGAUGAUGAACAAGGGCUCGCGUAUUGCUGCCGUUGCAGAUGGUGGACAGAUUGCCGUGUCGACGGAUCUUAUUUCGGAGAUCCAACGAUGUCUGCAAACAUACCAGGACACUGAUAGAAAUGGCUCGACUGGCUCUGACGACACAUUUGAGGAAGAGGCGUCUGCCGCGACCAUCCGCAAAGACUUGCGAUCAUUAACCUCGCAAGGCUUCGAGGUCAAGGAGAUGGGUGAACGGAAACUCAAGGGUUUGGAAAACCCAGAAGUCGUCUACUCCCUCUAUCCCCAUGCUCUAGCAGGGCGUAUUGAAUACCACCAGCACCAAGACAGGCACGAUAGCACCGACAAGCCCGCGACACUGGCCCCUGGCGUACAGCUGUCCUUUGAUCCUGAGAUUAUCUGGGGUCUUUGGAACGUUAAUCUACGUUUGGAGAUGCUGUGCAGCAACUUGGAAGUACAAGGCGACCCCAGUCUCCAGACCCCUGCUACAGAACUUCUCGAUCGUAUGAAGUCGCAUGGCGGCGAAGUCACUGAACAGUUCCUGUUCAACUUUAUUGACCACCAGGUUACAAGAAUUGAGACUUGUGUUGCUACGCUCGCCAUGAGAUAUAUUGCUAAAGCGAAUGGCCCUCUCAAGGAACUUAACCAACUUCGCGGAUCUAUGGACGAAAUUUUAGACUUCUUUGUAAAACAAAAGGAAGAGCUGGAACGUUACAAGAGCAAAUAUGGAGAAUUGGACGGAUAACUGCGAAUCGAACUCGACGAACCAACAUGGGAACCUAUGGUUAUUCUUAGCAGCAAUUUUGUUGCCUUUACUUAUUUUUUGGGGCGUUUUUCAUUGAUUCUACUUUGGAUUGAAGGCGACGCGGUUUUGCUCAGGAUCAAUGCAUACGAAGCGUUGAACGCUUCCUUCUAUGUUUAUGGCAUUAUUGAGCAGAAUCCUAUCGCGGGAGAUAUGUGGUGUUUUCAGGGGACUUUGCGCUGCUUUUUACGUCUAUGGGACAGCGUGUUUCACUGUACGAGGAUAACUGAAUUAGCGAUUUGGGAGAGCGGCCAUCAACGGCGUAUAUGUGUAAUAUUUUACGAACUUAUUUUGCUUUUCUCACCAUUGGCCCCGUGUUUCUUAAUGCAUUGUGAUAGCAUACAGUUCUAAGCGUCUAUCACAAAGUAAACUACAUAGUAGCAGCAGCUUUGGCGGCACCGUCUUGAACUUGUUGCAGAAUAAAGAUCUUGGGCGACAUGCGCGGUCCAACCCACCAUCCUCUCGUCACCCUUCUCACCAUUUCGCGUAGAUGCGCAACCACGGCUCCACGACCGAGGACAUGAUACUUGCGACCACUCUCUGCAUCUUCGUCAUACUUGCGUGUCUGCCCAGGGCGCAGAAUUUCAAUGCCAUCAUAUCCUUGGACCACGCCCAGAGUCUUCCAAUGACCGCCAAUGACCUUCGAUGGGUCUUCUGCUAACACGUAGUCAAAUUGUUUCCAAAAUGACUGUUUUAGAAGUACAUCCGCGUCCUCAUUCUUAUCAAAGAGAACCAGAGGCUUUGUAGGAAGCGAAUCUAAAAUGUCUCUCGAGGGUGUGCCAAUCGCCAGCGGCAGGCCAGACGGGUUCUGGCCAAAAAGAGUCAAUCCGGUCAUGCAUGUCAGCACAUCGGCAUGUACACGGACCGGGUUAUUGGAUGAAACAUCAUGUGUAGAUGAUGUUAGAGCGGCGAGCUGGUUCAUAGCGUCGCCGCCGGGAUAGUUGAGAGAGCUGAGGAGCAGCAUACCAAUGCUGACUGCGAAGCAGGCCAAAACUGAUAAUCCUACAACAGCAGAGGCUGCAAGAUACAAAGUCGCCUUUGUUGCUCGAUUUGAGAGGUACGAUGCACCAAGAGCGGCGGCGGCAGUAAAGGACGGGAUGACAUAGAAAAUGAAACGUGCCUCCUUGUGUGGUUGAAUCGAGUAAAUAGCAACAAAAAUGAGGCCAGGAAGCGUCAAAUCCAGGGCCUGUCGGCGAGUAGCAGGAAGAAAUACAGCUAAGGCAAUUAAACCGAAGGUGACGGGGUUGAGAAGAACGCGAGGCAGUGCGGAGCUGAAGUAGAAGUGCCACGCAGAUACUCCCCAUUCCGAUGACGAUCCCAAGACGGCAUUGAAGUAGAACCCCGCUAGCUCAGGCCACAUAGGAACCGUCUGCCAAAAGUAAGAGUCUAGUGGGAUUGAAACCACAAGACAUGUGAAUGAGCAGACGAUUCCAGUUUGAAUGAGGGCGAGGAGUCCAAUACGCUUACUGAUCAACAAGUGAAGGCAAGUAGUAGCCAGCAGAAUGGCAGUUUCUGAACGGAAUAUGGCGGCGGAGAUGACUAAAAGGUACACGCUCUUCUUUUGGUCGGGUAGAGAAUACUUUGUCUGUGGGAUAAUCAGUGCUGCAGCGAG